UUUUACAUUUUGAACAUUUAUUUUACGCAUUAAAUGAUUUCUUUUUAAAAAUAUUUCAGCUUUGGAGGCCGUAUUGAAUUUCGAUGAUGAAAAUUUCUUCGGCUAUGAGGCCGAUCGGAUCGACUGGUCGAAGCAUCCCUGUCGUCGGAACUGCACCAAUAACGGCCCACCAAUGACCUGCCAAUACGUGUUCGUCGUCGAAGAAUUUAGUGCCAUGAGUAAGGGAUGCUACGACUGCCCUUUCAACCUGACCGACUGCUCCAGACCUCAUUGUAUACCUGUCGACGGUUUUCAAAAGACUCUGUUUGUCGCGAAUCGACAGAUGCCUGGGCCUAAUGUCGAGGUCUGUGUUGGUGAUACCGUGAUGGUAGAAGUGCGAAAUCUGAUGAUGUCCGAAAGCACGACGAUACACUGGCACGGAAUCAUUCAAAAGGAUACCCCCUACAUGGACGGAGUCCCUUACGUGACUCAAUGCCCCAUUCUACCAAACGACCGAUUCCGUUAUGUGUUCAAAGUGACCAGGAGCGGCACGUACUUUUGGCACUCUCACAUAGGAUCUCAAAGAGCCGACGGACUCUUUGGCGCACUAAUAGUUCGGGAUCCGCCAAAGUCAAACCAUCAUCAGAAGCUUUACGACUACGACGUGCACACGAUGAUGGUGAACGACUGGAUGCACUUGGAGGCCGACGUCGGUUUUGUCAGAGACUUUCAUUACCGCUCCAACAUUGCGCCAACCGCGAUAAUCAUCAAUGGCAAGGGUAGAUUCCAACAGUUCAUCGAUCAGAAUGGCACCGUUGUCUAUACACCUCUCGAGGUCUUCACCGUAACAAAGGGAAAAAGGUACAGAAUUAGGAUGAUAGACUCCGGCGCUGAUAACUGUCCCAUGGAGAUGGCCAUCGAUAAUCAUACAAUGCGAGUCAUUAGUUUGGACGGCAACGACAUUCAGCCAGUGAACGUCGACACAAUUAACAUUUGGCAAGGAGAGAGGGUAGAUUUCAUCAUCAACGCCAACCAAACAGUAGACAACUACUGGAUCAGAUUCCGUGGAUUCGGUCUUUGCAACACAACGGAUCCCAAUACGAGUGUCUAUCAACUGGCUAUACUUCGAUACGAAGGUGCGAAAAUCACUGAUCCCACCGCUCCUGUAGGAUACAAUAUCUUGACCCCAAAGCGUAAACCAAGAUCUUUAAAUCCUAACAACGUGGGAACGGAAACUCGAGAUGCUAUCAGUAUUCCUCUUUUGCGCUCUCUCAGGCCCAAUGACGUAUCCAGCACUAAAAGGCCAGACCAACAGAUUUUCCUUUCCUUCGAUUUCUACCCGAUCAAUAACUACGACUAUCAUAGAGCUGGAUUGUAUGGAUUUAAUCAAGCCUUUCCACGAUCGAGAAUUGGAACUCUGCAGAUGAACAACAUAACUUUGCACUUGCAGGCCUUCCCCCUGCUAUCGCAAAGGAACCAAAUAAGAGAGAGUAUGCUGUGUAAUUACACGACGGUCAAAGAUCAGCCUUGCGCUAAUCAUGCUAACAAUGCGCAAUGCGCUUGCACCCACGUGAUUAACAUAAAGCUGAACUCCGUCGUUGAGUUGAUCUACCUUGAUCAAGGCCUAAACGGUUUUAUCAAUCAUCCCAUGCACGUGCACGGCCACUUCUUUCGAGUCGUUUCUACAGAAAAUUUGGAUGGCAUCGUGACCGCAGAUCGAAUUAGGCAGUUGGACAAAGAGGGUAAAAUCAAACGAAAUCUUAAUCGAGCGCCUUUUAAGGACACAAUGAAGACUCCUGGAGGUGGAUACACUAUCGUUAGAUUUCACGCAAACAAUCCUGGAUAUUGGUUCUUCCAUUGCCACUUUGAGCAUCACGUUAAUAUUGGUAUGGCUUUGGUGUUUAAAGUUGGCGAGCACAAAGAUAUGGUUCCUGUGCCGAAAGAUUUUCCAAAAUGUGGAACUUUUAAAAUGUAGAUAAAUUUAGUUCUGUACAGCUAAGUCUCACAUGCAUUAUGAAUAAUUAUACUUUAUUAUAAUAACUAUACAAACGUAACUUAAAUGAAUUGCGAUUUUAACUCU